GCUGUCACUUGAUCCUUUCGGCAGGGAACAAGCCCUUGCGUGUACGCGAUCUGCAGGCGAUUUGGAGUGGCCGAGAAAAUAAGAAAUGUGACUAAGCAGCGUGCAGGCGGGUGGCUUUCGGCCAAACAUGUAUGGCUCAGUAAUUAUCUCGCCUCCCGCUGAUAAUUAUGAGGAUAUUCGUGUUAUGUUGACGGACCUGUCAGUUCCGAGUUCGGGUCGUCUGCUCUGAAAAACAACUAUCGUCUGUCAGCUUCAGGGGAAUUUGUUCCAGGCAGUCGUGAAGAAGUCAAAUGAGUGGAGUAAGCUGUUAUCAACCGUAAUACACACUGGCUCUGUUCACGGUAAAGAAAGACGGGGUUUUAUAAUACUACGAUUACGUUUGUGGUAGGCCUACACAGGCUCAGUGAGAGAUGAGACGGAUUGAACAGGGAGCUUGCAGGUCUAAGCGGUUCCUUGAUUGUCAGCUGGCGUGAUAAAUUAUUGAUGUCAACAACUGUGGAAAGGUGAGCGCGUGUAAAUGAAUAUUGACCCUUUAAAGAUAGUGUAAACAUCACCUUCGAUAAUGGAUGUCUCCUGAAAGAGUAUCGGGAAAAGUGAAAAAGGCAGUGAUCUGUUUGAAAGCCUAUGUACUGAUGACCGGAAUGAAAUGAGGAUGGAAGAUGCUGUGAAUAGCUCGAUACCAUGGAUGGAAAACACUCAAGGUCAGCUUGUAGCAGCAACCACUUUCAUUUGGAUUUUCACUACUGUCGGAUUUUUUGGAAACUGUCUACUGAUUGGUUGUUUAUUGAGGAACAGGAAGGAUCGCUGGAAAGCCUUGACGUUAUUUACAGUAAACCUUUGUGCAGUGAGUUUAUUGGACUGUGUGGUGAAUCUGUCAGUCAUUGUCAGCACAAGUUUAGCCCAGUCAUGGAUAUACAAUGCUUCGGUCUGUCAGUUUCAUACCUUUGCAAUACAGUUGCUUAACAUUCAGAUUACGCUAGCUUUGACAAUUCUUUCGAUUGACAGAUGUGUGGCAGUUAAAGACUGUGGGCAGUAUUCAGAGAUUCUGUCCUUCAAAAAGAUCUUAGGCAUGAUAGCUUACACAUGGAUCCAAGCUUUAGCAAUGUGUUUCCCUAUCAUCACUGAUGUAAUUCCGUCCACUUUUUACCCAUCAAAGUAUUUAUGUUUUAUUGCUAGUGAAGUACCUUUACUGUAUGUAAUAUUUAUGUGCCUGUUGUGUUUUAUUAUACCGUUUUUUGUAUUGACUGGAGUUUAUAUAUAUAUUCUUAAAGUGGCUGUUUUAGAGAAAUCCAGAGAUAACCUUCAACAUGGAAAUCUUUAUGACAUGGAUCAACACCAGACUUUGAAAACCAAAGAAUUACACCAAAGCAGAUUUGCCUUUUUUACCUUUUUGAUGUGGUUACUUUUGUAUGUUCCUUAUUUGUUGGCAAACUUCUAUGAAAUGGGACACAACAGUGCAGAAGUUUUAAAUAGUGAUCAUGUUGUAAUGAAGUUUUCAUUACCAAGUGAUGUAGACACAAUUUUGACAUGGGCAAGAUGCAGCUUUCCUGCUGUGUUUGCUGUUUUUAGCCUCUGUCGAAAGGAACUUCGCAACAUUGCCAAAACACUUUUCACAUGUCGAAGAAACAACUCUGUUGUAGACCUUGAUAGUGCUUCCAGAGGGCAAAUGUUGGACAGGCAAGGGAAGCCUAAACUGCAUGUAAGCAUUGGGAAGUUAAGGGAAAAACAUCUUGCUCAAGGCAAGGAAUCACCUUUAACUCCAACAACAUUUCAGGUUCCUGUACUCUUUGCUACAUCUAAAGGUAUCCACUUGCACAAGUUUGACCAAGAGAAAGACAUAACAGGUGCAGAUAUUUACUAUACAAAGACAUCUGUUCAGUCUCCAGAUAUCCCAGCGGGUGAGGUAACAAAGUGUGAUGUGCUCGGCUCUCAGUCUGACUUAAUUCAAGUUGAGGAUGAUACCAGUGACUAUGACUCCAGUAAUGAGGCAGACAGAUUUUCUGUCUCUAAUCCUGUCUCCUUGAAAAGACCCGAGCCUACAAUGGUGGAAGGCAUUCACAGAUCGCUGUCUAACCCAGAGGUUGGCAGAAUUAAGCGUAAUAUGGUGAGACCCUUUGGAGAACCUGUGCAUGGGAAAGAACGUGGUGUCAUGCCAAGUGACUCUGGUAUAGACAUCAGUAGUAGUGCUGGUAAUAGUAUGAAGAGAAAGCAAAACUGGUCUAAAAUUAGGUCAAGUUGCCCUCCUGACACCCCGGACAAUAUGACAGAAAUGACAUUACCUUCAGUAGUAAACAGCAUAAGCAGUGUUGUUUUGGCCCAGGCUGGAGGCCGUACCUCUAUAAACAGUUGCAGGAACAGUAGCUCUGAAGCCAUACUAACCCCUGGCUCAUCGUUGAAAGAAGGUUGUUUGGACCAUCAUGAUAUUCCUUUGAAGAAUGGGCCAGUGCCAUGUAUGCAAGAUGCCUCCUGUUGCAACAGAGCAAAGAAGCAUAGAAAAAGGGAUAUUAGUUCAGUUACACAUGAGUUGCAGUCUGGAAAUGUUACAAAUGUGCAACAGGAAUGUGUAAUAACUGUUAAAGGCCAUGCAAGCAGUAUCACAAUGGACAAAGUCAAACCAACGAGAUUACAACCGUUAACAUAUUGUGUUUCUCCCUCAAAAAAAAAAUUCAAGCAUCCCAAAAACCACGGAGAUGGCGACUCAAAGUCAAACACUCUUAAUUCCUGUACACAUGGAGACAGCCUCAAUGACAAUCUUUUUAAUGACACCUUUUCCAGUACCAGUAUCUGUGGUUUUGGUACCCUUAGUUACAGGGAUGGUGACUGGAACAGACUAUCAGGACAUUUCUGCUCUCAGUGGAAUGAACAAGACAAACUGAACACACCACAACACUUACAGCCGGAGUCUGUGUCAUCAGAAAUCAGAACAUUCAGUAGUUAGCAAUUGCAGCUGAUUGGUUUCAACAUUUAGAUUCAGCUGUUUGAAGUGCACUGGCAAAGGAUCUGGGACAAUCGGAUAAACACAUAUGGUUCUGCUGGAGCAUUUGAUGGUAUGUCAGAGAUAUGUUAGAAGGCCAUCUGCUGACUUAAGAUGUAAGCCUACAGAGAGCAGGCUGUAUGACUGGUGCUGACGGACAGUUUUCAUGGAGAUAUUUUCUGUGAAAAAAAAAAAAAGAACUUGUGUGCUACUAUUUAAAACUACGUGUGUUUAUAAAGGAAACUUGUACUCUGUCCAUGACUUGAAGAUUUUAUGCUUAUGGACAUGUAUUUUAAUUUAUGUAUGAUCUACUAAAGGCUGAAGUGGUGCACAAAAAUGGUAGACGUAAAUAGAAUACUCCUGGUAAAUCAUAGAUUAAAGUUUUAUUGUAUAUAUAUAUAGGGAGUACCAUCAUGGAAUAGCUUAGAGAUUGUAAAUUUACACUGUGCAGUUUGUGUUAUUAAUGUAGCAUGAAUUCAGUAUCAGUAUAAUAUAUAUACAUGUAUAUUAUUUUGUGACAAGUUAAGCCAGCCUUAUACAGUCAUCCAUACUAGAUACAUCAGUCUUCUUUUUGCUAGAAAUCACAGGUAACGAAGUUUUGACACAAAUUUCUUUAUAUAUAUAUAUAUAAAUGCUUUUC